AUGGAAGUGAGAAACUGCUCCUCCAUGACUGAGUUCAUUUUCUUGGGAAUUUCCAAUCAUCCCAAGAAAAAAGUAAUCUUAUUUACCAUUAUUCUAUUCGUUUAUCUCAUUAAUCUUUUGGCAAACUUUGGUAUGAUCCUUUUAAUUAGGAUGGAGUCCCAGCUGCACACACCCAUGUACUUUUUCCUCAGUCAUCUCUCUUUCUGUGACCUCUGCUAUUCCACGGCUAUUGGACCCAAGAUGUUGGUGGAUGUCUUUGCCAAGCAUAAGUCAAUCCCCUUCUUUGGCUGUGCCCUGCAGUUCUUGGUCUUCUGUAUCUUUGCAGAUGCUGAGUGUCUACUCCUAGCCGUCAUGGCCUUUGACAGGUACAAGGCCAUUAGCAACCCCUUGCUAUACACAGCCAACAUGAACAGCAGGGUGUGUUACCUGCUCAUGGCUGGGGUUUACCUGGUGGGACUGACAGAUGCUUUGAUACACACAAGUUUAACAUUCCGCUUGUGUUUCUGUGGCUCCAAUGAGAUCAAUCAUUUCUUUUGUGAUGUGCCUCCUCUCCUGCUAAUAUCUUGCUCAGAUACACAGGUCAAUGAACUGGCAAUAUUCACCAUUUUUGGCUUCAUUGAACUGAGUACCAUCUCAGGAGUUCUUGUCUCUUACUGUUACAUUAUUCUCUCAGUCUUGAAGAUCAGCUCUGCUGAGGGAAGGUUCAAAGCCUUCUCUACCUGUACCUCCCACCUCACGGCAGUGGCCAUCUUUCAGGGAACAAUGCUCUUCAUGUAUUUCAGACCAAGUUCUGCCUACUCCCUAGAUCAAGACAAAAUGACCUCGUUGUUUUAUACACUUGUGAUUCCCAUGUUAAACCCUCUGAUUUACAGUCUCAGGAACAAGGAUGUGAAAGAUGGUCUGGAAAAAAUGAAAAAUAAAAUUUGGCUUUAA